UGUAAUAUCUCUCCCACACUCACUUGUGCCAUUUGUGUCAACGCAGUGGACUUUUCUCCGCGUACAAGCAGCAGGACAGGUGUGAAAUGUGCGCGACAAAGCCUGCGGUCCGGUCACUUGUGGGUUGGUCGGCUGUCCCUCACCGGGCUGCUGCGGCACCAGGAUGGAUGAGCGGAUAUACGCGGCUCUGAUUGGCCGAGCGCGCGCGCCCAGCAGGAGCUCGCGCCACUUGCGUCGUUAUUGUUGCUCCGAUUCAGCAGCGCACGAACGCCGCUGAGCGCGCAGUGUCCAUCCCCUCUCGGACCGGGAAUUCACCGCGUAUCAUUUCAGAGCUCGCACCAUGGAGGCUACGAUCUAUCAGAUCUUAUUUGGAGAGCUCGGGGACCUGAACUGUAGUCUGAUGGAUGCGUUCCAGGACACUUUCUUGGAAAACGCUACAUUGUCUUUGCUGAGCACUGAUGGUUUUUAUUGUAAUGCCACGACCGAUGAGAUUGGAACCUGCUGGCCACGGAGCGGCACCGGGAGGAUUGUGGAGAGACCCUGCCCCGAGUACAUCAACGGGGUGAAGUACAACACAACCAGGAGUGCUUACAGGGAGUGCAUGGAAAAUGGGACGUGGGCGUUGAGGAGCAAUUAUUCCCAUUGUGAACCUAUUUUGGAGGAGAAGAGGAAAUAUCCAAUGCAUUAUAAAAUAGCGCUGAUCAUCAACUACCUAGGCCACUGUAUCUCUGUGGGGGCUCUAGUCGUGGCCUUCUUCCUCUUCUUGUGCUUAAGGAGCAUACGCUGUCUUCGAAACAUCAUCCACUGGAAUCUGAUCACCACCUUCAUACUGAGGAAUGUAAUGUGGUUUUUGCUCCAGUUGAUUGACCACAACAUUCACGAGAGCAACGAGCCUUGGUGUCGAUUUAUUACCACAAUAUACAACUACUUUGUGGUGACAAACUUUUUUUGGAUGUUUGUUGAAGGAUGCUACCUUCACACGGCCAUCGUUAUGACUUAUUCAACUGACAAGCUCAGGAAGUGGGUCUUCCUCUUCAUCGGGUGGUGUAUUCCAUUCCCUAUAAUAGUAGCCUGGGCCAUUGGAAAGUUGUAUUAUGAAAAUGAACAAUGUUGGUUCGGUAAAGAACCUGGAAAAUACAUGGAUUAUAUUUAUCAGGGACCAGUUAUUCUCGUGCUUCUGAUAAAUUUUGUUUUCCUCUUCAACAUAGUAAGAAUUCUCAUGACCAAACUAAGAGCUUCAACUACGUCUGAAACGAUACAAUACAGAAAAGCCGUGAAAGCAACACUGGUCUUGCUUCCUCUGCUGGGCAUCACCUACAUGCUCUUCUUUGUGAAUCCGGGGGAGGACGACAUUUCACAAAUCGUUUUCAUCUAUUUCAACUCCUUUCUGCAGUCUUUCCAGGGGUUCUUCGUGUCAGUGUUUUAUUGCUUUCUAAAUGGAGAGGUGCGCUCCGCGGUGAGGAAACGGUGGCAUCGCUGGCAGGACAACCACGCGCUCCGAGUGCGAGUGGCGCGAGCCAUGUCAAUCCCCACAUCCCCGACCAGGAUCAGCUUUCACAGCAUCAAACAGACCACAGCCGUGUGACCAGGGGAACGGGCACGCGCACUGUAAUCUCCUCCACGGCCUCCGAGGGAACACGCUCACUGAUUCCUCUAACAGAGCCAUAGUGUGUCCAGUGGCACUGAAGGUGCAGGAUUGGUUAUUUUGUUUUGUGUUUUGAGAACAAAUUAGUGGCAACGGAAAUUACUCUUUAAGUGCACAUGAAGUGGACACAUUAGGGUUCCCUGAAGGAUUUCUGUCCCGUAGCAUACAGUACAGGAGGUUUGAGCUUUUCAAGAGAUUGGCGUAUUUAAAAGACGUACAUUAAAUAUGACAUGACGGGAGCAGGAUAAUGCUGCAGGAUUUGUGGCAGGAUACUUCAAACAAUGGUUGGCAGGUGAGAAGAAAUCCCUGGCAGUUUGAAUAAUAUGCAUUCACAAUGUUGCCAUAACAGCCAUUUCUAUUAAGCACGAUGAACACCAAAAUCCAAAAUUGCUCUUUGGAAUAACUGCUUGUUUGCAUCAGCAGCUACUUUUGUCGGCUCAGACAGAAGCUUUGAGGAAUAAAGAUGGUUUACUCGAAUUAAAUAUAUAAAAAAAAACCUAUACACAAUAAAAGGCAUAUGAUUUAAUAGAGCUACUGCUCUCUGUAGUGAAAUGGGUAAAGUGAAUAAGUGGUAUUCACCUACUCAAUGUGAACAGGUGUACAGUGUGAUCAAUGUGACCAUUUCAUACAAAGAAGGCAUUCUUAACAAACAUUUGGAACGUUCAUCCCUUAAGUCUGUUCUUUUAUACAAUAUUGAAUUUUAAUCCUCAUGCUUUGUUUAAAAAACAAAACAACAACAUUGUUAAAAUAUCUAUUUACUCCCUCUUAUGCUUAGUUUUCUCUCGUUCACUUUGUUGGACUUUAUUUUUGUCUCCUUGCAGAAGGAGUGAGUGAUUACAUAAAGAGCGAUGUGAUGGGUCUGAAUUCCCUGAGGAAGAUGGAUAAACAGUCCCAAAUCAAAGCUCUCUUCCAAACGAGAGAAGAUGAAAUUUCUUUCAAGCAAUUUAUGUAAUGUAUACUGUACGCGUGCCAUGUGCCAAUGCGUGGAUUUAUCGCGCGGGCACGGCGGAAGCAGAUUAAAUUCCUUUAGCCUUAUGAGAUCCGUGUAGCUUUCUCAUAAUCAGUGUCACAACUAAGCUGCUGGUUCGAGCGAAGAGAAGCUCAACAAAGUGAGCACCAAUCGCCCCCCUAAACAUGUCGACUCUCACAUCGGCUCCGGCUGCUGGAACGGUUCUACUGUGAGCAGUCGGAUGCGCAGUGACCAACAGAAAUACUUGUUUGUUCGGAUGAAGAAGAUAGGAUUGUCAACAAUCAUAAAAGUCUGAAUUAUGCUGCAUUAAGCCUCAAUGCAGAUGUUUCUGUGCGUGUCUCCCGACAUUAAUCAGACCGACUGUUUCCACUUACUACUUGUACUGGAGCUGGUAUGUCGAAGGCUCCAAUCCCACAUGAGCGUGCUAGUCAUCUAACUCUUGGCAAGAAUGUAAAUAAGCAUAUUUCCUAAAAAGAACCUUUCAAAUAUUUCAAUGAACGCUCCUGUUCUAUUUUAAUUUGUUUUGUAUUUAUUUGUAUCUUAUUUAACUGUUUAUAUACUUUGAUUAUACUAAAUGUACUUUUCCAAUUUGUAUUUUGCAAACUUUUGUUACAUUACUGCGGAACAAUUUUUUGUUUGUUGUUGAUGUGCUGCUCGAGCGGACUGAUGGUAAAUGUUGGCCAUGUGAUUUUAAUGUUAAUAUUUCAAUUUCUUAUUCCAUCAUCUCAACUUGUGCAGCUGUAACAACUGCGCACCCCUCCAUGACCUCAUCAUUAACACAAAAAGGCACAUUACAGAAUGGUUGUGAAAUAUUUUCAUACAUAAGCAAGUAAGUAAAUCAUUUAUUUGACCUCACCAAAGAGACCAACCAUGUUUACCAACAGUCAUAUUUUUAUUGUCUACAUAUUUAUAUGGUUUCCACUGCACUGUGUAGACCAAAGCUUGUCGAUGUUUAUUUUCUUUACCAUCAAUUGUACAUGAUUAAAUGUAUUCAAUGCAGUGUGAUGUCAGAUUUGGUAAAUUAUAUCUGUAGAUUUGACCAACUGAUUUGAUUGAAAACUCUUUGUUGAACCACCCGUGUUGCCUUACAAACAAAAGGAAAUGCUUUUUUUGUGUGAAAAGGAAGCUAGUGUCUCUGUAAAUGAUGUAUCAUUGUGUUAUUGAUAUAUAUAUAUAUAUAUUUGUACAUGCACAUGUGAAAGGAAAAAAAAAUGUUGAUUUGAAUUAAAAUCUCAUUUUUGCUCUUUGGU